CUCACGCCCCCUCUGGAAGGCUGCGGCCGCGCCGCGCCGCGGAGAGGCAAAGGCCGGCGGGCGGAGCGACUGCCCCGGGCCCGCCCCGCCCCUCGACACCGGGAAAAGCUCAAGCGUGGCAGGGCCGGGGCGAGCGAAGGGGGCGGAUCUCCAUAGAAACAUCCACCUGUUUCCGGCCCAGACUCGGCGAGAUUAGGGGCUGCUGCGGGGGCCAAUCUCAGCCAGCUCGCUUCUUCCCAGCGGCCUCUGCGGGCGCGGUGGGUGUUGUACACAAUCAUCAUGGCGGCGGCCGGGGCCCCGGAUGGCGUGGAGGAGCCCGGCAUGGACACGGAGGCCGAGAGCGUGGCCGCCGAGGCGUCCGCGCGGCCCCUCAGCUGCGUGGAGGCCGAGGCCGCGGCGGGGGCGGCGGCGGCGGCCGCCGAGGACUCGUGCGAGGCGCGAGGCCGUCUGCAGCCCGCCCCGGCCCAGCCCCCCGGGGACCCUGCGGCGCAGGCCUCGGUCAGCAACGGCGAGGACGCGGGCGGCGGCGCGGGUAGGGAGCUGGUGGACCUCAAGAUCAUCUGGAACAAGACCAAGCACGACGUGAAGGUCCCCUUGGACAGCACCGGCUCCGAGCUGAAGCAGAAGAUCCACUCGAUCACAGGUCUCCCGCCUGCCAUGCAGAAGGUCAUGUAUAAGGGACUUGUCCCUGAAGAUAAGACAUUGAGAGAAAUAAAAGUGACCAGUGGAGCCAAGAUCAUGGUGGUUGGCUCCACCAUAAAUGAUGUUUUAGCAGUGAACACACCCAAAGAUGCUGCUCAGCAGGAUGCAAAGGCCGAAGAGAACAAGAAGGAGCCUCUCUGCAGGCAGAAACAACACAGGAAAGUGUUGGAUAAAGGAAAACCCGAGGAUGUGAUGCCUUCUGUGAAGGGUGCCCAGGAGCGCCUGCCAACAGUGCCCUUGUCUGGCAUGUACAAUAAGUCUGGAGGAAAAGUGAGACUCACCUUUAAGCUAGAACAAGACCAGCUGUGGAUCGGCACUAAAGAGCGCACUGAGAAGUUGCCCAUGGGCUCCAUUAAGAACGUGGUGAGUGAACCCAUCGAAGGGCACGAGGACUACCACAUGAUGGCAUUUCAAUUGGGCCCCACGGAAGCCUCUUACUACUGGGUGUACUGGGUUCCAACUCAAUAUGUGGAUGCAAUCAAGGACACUGUGCUGGGAAAAUGGCAGUAUUUUUGAAAGCACUUUCACCUCUGGCCCAGGAGACUGACCCAAAGUGAAGGACAUUGCCGGGAGAGGCCUGCAGCACCCCUGGAUUUCCGAGUUCUGGAACUUUGUUCACAAAACUCAUCUGUUCAAUCUGAGGCGAUGUGCUGACUGAAGCCAGAGGUGAUGUACUUUCACCAUAGCUUAAUUUUAACUUAAAAUCACCGGUUCCUUUUCUUGCAGUCAGCUUCAGAGCAUUUUUAAAGUCCAUAUGGUGGAAAUCAAUAAAUCUGAAUUCCGAACA